AUGAGUUGGUCAAAAGAUAACACAAUUUCCGUGCUCGCCCUCUUCGCAAGCUGCACGCCUAUAUUCAUCAUGCUCGCUGCAUAUCUGCUUCGCCAGAGACGACUGCGCGCUAAGAAGCAACCUGUGUUGGAUGUGGAGAGGACACCUGCAGUACUUCAACCACAACCGUCGCAAUAUUUUUGGAUUAGAAGGGAGUAUACGCUUGUGGCAUUGAUCCUCGUCCAGAGGGAUGCCCACUUUGCGGACCGCGGAACUUGGGCGAUGAGAAGUAGGUAUGGUAAAUCGGACUCUUGGAGCACUCCGCUGACUCCUUGGAAAGAUACACAUUAUAGAUGA